AUGGCGCUUGACAAUGGAGGAGCGCUCUGCGCCUGCCCCUCCCCCGCCCCACCCACAGAGGGCUUGGCCUUCGCGUUCCUCCCAGGCCGGUCGGACCCACGGCUCGGGAAAUGGGCUGCCAGGCACAGCCUCACCACGGAGGCCGAGCUCUUAGAGAAACUCUACAAAUGUAAUCAAUGUGAAAAAGCCUUUUCAAGACACAGUAGUUUCCAAACUCAUAAAAGGACACAUACUGGAGAGAAACCCUUUGAAUGUAAUCAAUGUGGUAAAGCCUUUGCAGAUCGCAGUAACUGCCAGAGUCAUAAAAGAACUCAUAGUGGAGAGAAACCCUAUGAAUGUCAUCGAUGUGGUAAAGCCUUUUCACAACUCAGUAGUCUCCAAAAGCAUAAAAGAACACAUACUGGAGAGAAACCCUAUGGAUGUAAUCAGUGCGAUAAAGCAUUUUCUCGUUUCUGUGAUCUCCAGAGACAUGAAAGAAUUCAUACUGGAGAGAAGCCCUAUGAAUGUAAUCAAUGUGGCAAAGCCUUUUCACAUCCCAGUAGUCUCCAAAGGCAUAAAAGAACACAUACUGGAAAGCAGCCCUAUGAAUCCUACAUAUGUAAUCAAUGUGGUAAAGCCUUUGCACGAUGUUCUGAUCUCCAGCGGCAUAAAAGAAUUCAUAGUGCAGAGAAACCCUAUGAAUGUAAUCAAUGUGGAAAAGCAUUUGCACAUUGCAGUAACCUCCAAAGGCAUGAAAUAAUUCAUACUGGAGAAAAACCCUACAAAUGUAAUCAAUGUAACAAAACCUUCCCCUAUUCCACUGAUCUUGUACGGCAUAAAAGAACACACGCUGUUGAGAAGCCUUACAAAUGUAAUCAAUGUGGUAAACCCUUUGCACAAAACAGUCACCUCAAAAGCCAUACAAGAACACAUACUGGAGAGAAACCUUAUGAAUGUAACCAGUGUGGUAAAGCCUUUGCACAAAACAGUCAUCUCACAAGACAUAAAAGAACACACACUGGACAGAAACCUUAUGAAUGUAACCAAUGUGGUAAAGCCUUUGCAGAAAACAGUACUCUCAUACGGCAUAAAAGAACACACACUGGAGAGAAACCUUAUGAAUGUAAUGAGUGUGGUAAAGCCUUUGCAGAAAACAGUACUCUCUUAAGCCAUAAAAGAACACACACUGGAGAGAAACCUUAUGAAUGUAGUGAGUGUGGUAAAGCCUUUGCAGAAAAAAGUACUCUCGUAAGCCAUAAAAGAACACACACUGGAGAGAAACCCUAUGAAUGUAACCAGUGUGGCAAAGCCUUUGCAGAAAACAGUACUCUCUUAAACCAUAAAAGAACACACACUGGAGAGAAACCUUAUGAAUGUGACAAGUGUGGUAAAGCCUUUGCAUUAAACAGUCAUCUCGUAAGCCAUAGAAGAACACACACUGGAGAGAAACCUUAUGAAUGUAACCAAUGUGGUAAAGCCUUUGCAGAAAACAGUACUCUCAUACGGCAUAAAAGAACACACACUGGAGAGAAACCUUAUGAAUGUAACCAGGGCAGUAAAGCCUUUGCAAAAAAAAGUCAUCUCAUAGGCCAUAAAAGAACACAUACAAGAAAAAAACCUUAUGAAGAUACCGAAUGUGGCAAAGCCUUUGCACAGCAGAGUGGUCUCCAAAAACGUGAAAAAACACACAGUGGAGAGAAGAAAAGAAAA